CCCCUAUCGAUUGGUCUUGUCGAUGCUUCGAUUGCACCGUAAGCGUGCAGGAGACGGUGUACCUGCAGCAUUUUAGUACGAUAGCACGCAGAAACGUGCCUCGAUCAAGCUCCAACAAGGUUAACCAAGCUCACACGAGGCAGUCAAGCUUCUGCUUGGUGGGUUGCAUAUGUUGGGUGGGCCGUUGAGAGCAAUUGGCUGGCCGCAGUAAUAUAGAAGUGCAGCCGCUGAAGUAAAAAGCCUUCUGGCCGUUGCGCCGCUCAUGGCGCAGCAAGCGCUCGCGCAGGCACACUACGCUGGCGGUUAUCCUGGAGCAGUGUCCUACGUUGCGCCGGCAGGCUACCCUACCUCUGUCUUCUCCUCGUACUACGCGGUACCGUCAGGCCAGGAGCCGCAACCGGCGCUCUAUGACCCCGUCCUUAACAUUACAUACCCUCGCAACCUGACCAAUCCAGACACCAUUCCCACUAACGAUCCUGAUCCGAUAUACCUACCGCAGCCGAUCGCCAACCUGACCACCGCACAGCAGCAGCUCGUGAUUGACAAUGUGCUCGGCCAGAUCGGCGAGCUCAUCAAUGGCACUUACAUUACGGGCAACUGCAGCAAAUGCAUCGCUGCUCUUUCGGUUGCAAAGAGUGCUGCGCAGCUUGCUCCUGCCUUGGUCCCGGCCGCGAUGGUGCAGCUCUGUACAAGCACUGGCUUCCACUCAGCGUCUACUUGUGCAGAGGACUUUGCGGCAGACACUUUCGGUGCCAUCUGGACGCAAAUCCUGGCUUUGGCCGAUGUCAGCGGUCUGGAUGGGCAGUAUAUCUGUAACUCUCUCAGCAGCUCCUUCUGCGCGGCUCCACCUGUCUCGCCCUUAAACACGACUGGCCUGUUCACGAAGCCUAAGCCAGCAAACGCCACGGCACCGCCUGCAAGCGGACAGCGUGUGAAGGUGCUCCAUAUGAGUGACUUUCACCUGGACCCUCGCUACAAAGUGGGCUCAGAAGGGAACUGCAGUAGCGGCCUUUGCUGUCGCAGCAACGUGGCCAACAGCGGCCUCAGAAGUGGCCAAAUCAGCUACCCAGCUCCGGCGUAUGGUUCGUACCUCUGCGAUACGCCUUACGACCUAGGGCUUGCAGCCCUGCAGGCUGUUGCUCCUCUCACCGGCACAUGUGUGGAUGAGCCUCUUGCCUGGACCGUCUAUACUGGUGAUCUUGUCGCUCACGAUCCGCAAUCUCAGCUCAGCCGCGCCUUCACUGAAUACAGUGAAGAGAGUAUUUACUACAUGUUCAGCAAGUACCUCACUGGGCCCGUCUUCCCAGCGCUAGGCAACCAUGACACCAACCCCGAAGCCAUCGAUGCACCUUACUCAAUGCCGGGCAAUCUGAGCCAGCAGCAGAGCUGGAAUUACGAUCACGUCGCUAGUCUCUGGCAGCUUAAUGGUUGGCUAAAUGCCACUGCUGCUCAGCAGGCGCGGACGCACUAUGGCGCAUACAGUGUGAAGAAUCACUAUGGUCUCCGCAUCAUUACCUUCAACACUGAUUUCUGGUAUCAUUCGAACUUUCUCAAUUUCAUCAACACUUCCAAUCCGGACGUCAGCGGUACCUUCAAGUUCAUGAUCCAGGAGCUGCAGGCUGCUGAGGACGCUGGCGAGCAAGUCUGGAUCAUUGGUCACGUGCUUUCUGGCUGGGAUGGCUCGAACCCCAUAGUCAAUCCGACAAACCUCUUCUACCAGAUUGUUGAUCGCUACAGCCCUCACGUCAUCAGGAACAUCUUCUUCGGCCACACGCACGAAGAUGAGGUUAUGAUUUACUACGCGAACAACGCUACCAACAUGAGCUUGGGCACUGCACUGAGCACUGGCUGGGUCGGGCCCUCGGUCACGCCUCUGACGAACCUGAACUCCGGUUUCCGCAUGUACGAGGUAGAUACUGGGUCAUUCGACAUCUACGAUGCCUACACCUGGUAUGCGGACGUCAGCUCUUUCCCGAGCCUGGUGAACUCCUCGCAUGGCCCAACCUUCCAAUUCGAGUACAGCACGCGCGAUACAUAUGGUCCUGCUGCGAAUUGGCCGGCGACUGCACCGCUGAACGCUACCUUCUGGCAUGCCGUUACGAUGGCUAUGGAGACUAACCCUGCUCUUGUGAACACCUUCAAUAAGUUUGAGGGCAAGAGCAGCAAUAGCGGCUUCACCACGAACUGCACCUGUACCGGCUGCGUAAACGCUAAGAUUUGCUAUAUGCGCAGUGGCUCAGCUGCGCUCGGGCGGGCUUGUCCGCAGGGCUUCAGCAGCGUGCAGAGUGCAUUCACUGGCAAGUGCUAGGCGGUCGCGUUAGGAGACAUCAUAUCAGUAAUGCCAGUGCUGGAGACAGAGGUACUGCGUCGGUGCAAGUGAUGGUGUUAAGAGACAUGUAUACAGACAAUGCAGCUCACGAAGCUCACCUGCAGAGUUACAGGACGCUUAGAUAGGCAAAUAAUGGCAUGUAUCAGAAGCUUUGUCACACACCCGAAGGCU